UACACGUUCUCCCCACACUACGCGACGGCCCUCACUCGUCCACAGCCAGCGCCAUGGGGGGCAACCGCAAAGAGCGGCGUGCAGCCGGGAAGGGGGCAACUGGCGGUGCGACGACCACGGGGUCGGCGUUCCAGGCGUCCAACGAGAUCGACGAAGAGGGCAUCAACAUGAUCCUCCAGCACCCCGACCGCUCCGGGCCGAAGGGGAAGACGCUGUUCGAGCUCGCCGAGGAGCGCCAGCGCGAGCUGGACAUUGCCAAUGGCAGGAAGCCGCGGUGGGACAUCAACAAGGACAACACGCCCGAUGGCGAGCGCCCGUUCAAUGACGAGGAGCCGCUGGGCCCGCUGGCCGUGGGCGUCCUGUACUCGGUGACCAUGGCCGUCAUGCACCUGACCGUCGACAUCCUCGUCUACAGCCAGUACCGCGAGGACGUCAUCUGGAGUGAGAUAUUCCAGCGCGCAGGGACCGCCCUGCCCAUCUUCUUCCUUCUCGUCUACCUGGCCCACGUCGACAUUUCGAACCGCUUCCCGCUCCUCCGCAACCUCGCCUUCUUCGCCGGCGCCAUAACGGCGGGCUCCUAUCUCGUACGCUCGGGGAACAAGCAUGGCUACUUCUUCGUCAUGAAGACGGCACCCCCAGUUGCUACACUGUGGGUGUGGAGCACUAUCGAGAUGGAUGUCCAAUACUCUGCUCUCAGCGCUUUGGCUGUGCUGGGCUACUCGUGGUGGAACGAAUUCACUUUCUUCUAAAGAGUUCUCCUGGACCAGCCUCUGUCACAUGCCUUCAGCCCGGCCGAGACCAUACCCG